AUGUAUUUGAAUCGAUUGAACCUACUCUCUCAUAAACCUUUCUCCUUCAGUUUCUUUUGUAAGAGUUAUACCAUAAAUACCUUCUUCAUUUUUCUGUGUCUUUCAUUCGUUCUUUCUUUCUUUUUUCUUUCUUUCUUUUUUCUUUCUUUCUUUUUUUUUUUCUUCUUUUUUCUUUGGUUUACGCUUCGCUCGCUUUCUUUUUUUCUUUCUUUCUUUCUCUCUCUCUCUCUCUCUCUCUCUCUCUCUCUUUCUCUCCAUUAUUUCUGUUUUUCAGUACUUCCACUCUUUCCCUGUCUUUCAAUCUUCCUCUCUCUCUUAUUUUUGUUUCCUUCACCAUCUUCUUGCACGUCUUCAUUUUUUAUCCUCUCCUUUUUGCUUUUCUUCUUCUUCCUCCUCGUUUUCUUUCUUCCUCUUCUCAUUCCUUUUUUUCUCCUUUUUUUUUUCUUCUUCUUCCUCCUCGUUUUCUUUCUUCCUCGUUUACUUUUUCUAUUUUCCUCUCCCCUCUAUCUCUCUCUCUUUCUCUCUCUCUCUCUCUCUCUCUCCCUCUCUUGGAUAUUUCUCCAUCUUUUUGCAGUUCUCAUUCCUUUUUUCUCCUUUUUGUUUUUCUUCUUCUUCUUCUUCUUCUUCUUCUUCUUCUUCUUCUUCCUCGUUUUCUACCUUUCUUCUUCAUUUUCUUUUUCUCUUGUACAUUUAUCAUUUCUUCUUUUUUCUUUUAUUUUCUUCAUUAAUCAUUUUUCAUUCUGUUUUUACUCAUUCCUUAUCUUGAUUUUUCUCUUUCCUCCUUUGCGGAUUCUGACCGCUUCCAUCCCUUUUUCAUUCCGUAUUUCCUUUAAUCAAUUUAAUUUCCUCCUUCGCUAUUUCUGUCAUUCUUCCCCUCCUCUUUCUUCUUCUUCUUCUUCUUCUUCUUACUUUCUUUCUUUUUCUUUUUGUCUAAUUCCUUUUUUGUUGUUUUCUUUUUUCUUUCUUUUCAUCCUUUCCGCCAUUGUUUCUUAUUGUAUUUCUCUACUUCCAUCUUUCCUCUUUCAUUUUUCAUCAUUCUUUCUUUCGUUCUCUUUUCUUUCUUCCUUCAUUCGUCUUACAUUUCUUCUUUCCUCUUCUUUUUACCAUUUUCCUUUCAGCCUACCGAUUUUCUUUCUUUCUCUUUUCUUUCUUUCUUCCUUCUUCUUACAUUUCUUCUUUAUUUUCACUUUAUCUCUUUCUACCGUUUUUAUUUCUUCUUUUUCAUUCUUUCUUUAUUUCAUAUUCUUCCGCUUCUUUCCUCUCUCUCUCUCUCCCUCUCUUUCUCCACCUCUCUCCCCCCUCUCUCUUUCUACUUCCUUCUUUCUCUUAUAUCCUUCAAGUUAA